AUGUUCUUGAGAUCUCCUUUUAUUCUUAUGUUGUCAACGGCCUUGCCUGCAUUAUCACAGCAGCCGGCAGAUGGCCCCGUGGCAAGAGCUAUCAAUCCCACCACUUCGGGGCAAAUCGCGAAAUGGAUUGGGGUGGACACGGUCAGUGUCGAUGUCUACACCACUCUCGGUACGACUACGACUGUAACUGCACCAUUUGCCAUUAUGACAGCUACAGAAGUCUCUGGGAAUAUACAACCCGGGGAUGUCAGUUUUAUCACAUCUCCGGAGGGCAAAACAAGGCUCAGCGCUCUAUUCGAAGAAGUCGCCGCCGCGUGUGCCAACACACGCGUGAAGCGGUCCGGCAAUUGUGAGCUGAACCAACUAUCGCGUCCUGGGGCUGGAGGCGGAGUCCUGGAGUUUGAUAUUGAUUUUGGCAUCAACAUUCCUACCUUCACCGCUGGAGACGUUGCAGUGGCCUUGCAGGGUGUGCCAGCAGCCGUAGCAGUGGCUUUUAUUGCCUACGUUAUCGGAAACGGGAAAGUGCCAGAUGCUGUCAAAAUUCCGGCAAAAGACACAGUCAAGGCAACAUCCACAGAGGCGACGUCGACGACCGAAGAAGACCUCGCCCCCUAUGUAACUACCAAUUACCCAGACGUAGCUCCUACCGAUACCUACGAUUCUGAUGAGGCAUACGCCCUGGAUUCGUUUAUGCAAACCCUCCUGCUGUCUUUUUUCCCGACACAGACGAAUCCUGGUAAUCUGCCGACACUGACACACGCCACAACGCCGCCGCCUACAACUAUAACCAUAACGACUCCUGCUGGGAGCUCCUGUGCAAAAACCAAAACCACGGAGCUCUGUACUGUUCCACGGGAGCCUUGUGCCACAUCGCUGUCAUGCGAAAGUUGGAUACCAACAACCACAGCCCCAUCACUGGGCCAAGUGACGUGCUUUCCGGAAAGCCGAAGGCCAUUUGAUAAAUAUGGGGCCGUUCGGCCGGAUCAGUACGAAGCCGCCGCCGACAAGGCUUGUGAGGCUUUCGCCAACAAGGGUAAGCUCGGAGCCAACGAGGGCAGGGGCUCUUAUGUAUACCAAACAAAGGAUGGCUCUGUACCAUAUUGGUUCAACGUUGGUGUGUCCAGCGGGUCCCAAACGUGCGAGAACGAAAGCCUUGAUGAUCCGAUGGGCGACGGCUCGCACAAAUGCAGUACUAUACUGAAGAAUGAUAUAUUCUGGGCUUGCGGCAAUAAUGGUGGUCGCGGAGGUUUCAUCACGGUUGGCUGUUUGACAUACGCGUUUGAUGUUUGCAGUGGGAAAGGCGACAUCCCUCUAGAAGGUGCAUGCUGGACCAGUGGUAUGGGUGCGCCCUGGGUAGUCACUUGA